UCAAGGAAGGUAUUGCUACGAAUCUGCAUAUGAAUGUAAAUCUAAAGUACUAAUACAUUACCAAGUGGUUUUUCUAUGUGUUUUAGGAGCUUACAUUAUGUGGAUGUGGCACCAAAAACAAACAAAACAAUCCUUGACAAACCCGAAAAGCCGGUGUGGGUGGACGAGUUCCAUGCAGAAACUCCCAUGGCUGAGAUCACCAGGACAACCCCAAAUAAACACAGCCGAAGACCCAAAUAGAGAGAGAGACUCACUGAAUUGGAACGGCAAUCCUCUGUGUAUUCAAGCAUCUAACUAUUGUGUAAGAGGGAGGCACUGAAUAAUGGUAAGAAAUACUUUUUUUGCUAAAAGAGAAAAAUGGGUGAAAAUCCUUUAUAAUUUCUAUUACACCAGAUCUUCUAUAUACCAACAUUUUCCCCUCAUAAUGUACAUUUCACAGCCUCCAGGUUCUAAAAAGUCAAGGUCUAAAAGUGCCAGACCUGCCAUCAAAAGCAAAAAGAAGCAAUCUUCCAAGAAAAGGUCUAUAAGUGCCAAAUCUAAAAAGACGGAGGCGGAUAUUCUGAGUCCUGCUGCAAUGGAGAACGUCUACUACAUCUCUCAUAAUGCUGUGGACUGCUUGGAGUUUAGAGGCUUUGGCUGGCCUGGAGCCAACACGAAGAAAGGAAAAAAAGGGAAAAAACGAAAAAGCAAAACAUGAAAUGUAGAUUUGUGCCAAUCAAGCUUUUUUUAUGUGCAGAUUCACUUUGCAUAUAUAUAUUUGCUUCUUAAAACUGUAGAUAUAACAAAACAAAAAGUCACAGUGGGAUUAGACAAAACAUUUUCAGUUCUUUCAACUAUCAAAAGAAGCUUUAGUUUUAUCAUGCAAAUUAAUUAUGGAGCUGUUUGAGUUCUCUUUGAUCUCUAAGGUGCCACUAAUAAAUGGAUGAACAUUUUGUAUAAAGUGUCAAAGAUUCAGUUAUAAUGUCUGUUCUUAAAGACUUUCAAAGUCAUGCAAUAAUCCACUUUUAGUGACCCAAUGCAAUCUAUUGGCUUAAUUUCAUGGUACCAUUAUUGCAAUGGUAUUUUUGGUUCUUUGCUACACUAAAAUGUUUCA